AUGAAGAUAAUGACCGCCACUCACACCACCGAUGAUAACACGUGUCCACACAAUCAGCCCAACAGUGAUAACACGCACGAUUUGUGCCCUGUUUUGGACGUAACCUCUUGGGAUCAGCUAUUGGUGACAGCGAUGGACAACGAAACGGGUCGUAAGAUAGCGCUGGCGGGCGCUCUGAUGGCCGGAAUCGCGUACUUCGGACUAUCGAUACUCCGCGAUAUCUUCACCGACAACCACGCGAAUAGUGUCACCAAAAACACUGAUAAUAAUAACCACUCGAAGAAUCGCAAACGACAUGUAAGCGAUGGUACGGACAUCCAGACCGCGAGCGUAGGCUACGAGCCGUUGAGUCACACGUCGAGUCAAACGGAUCUGACUCUACCGGUAGGUCUGCGGCAACGGUCCGCAGCCUUCGGUGAUAUUCCUCCGGAGCUGUGGAGUCCGUGGGCUAAGAGUAUUCAGGAGCGGAUCCGUGAGCUUAACAUGCGUUUAGUGAACACAACGAACUUCCAGUUCAAGCACUCGAUGUCUAACAGAAACCACUAUUUGAUGCCAAACAACACGAAGACAUCGAUUAGUUGCGGAAAUACACCGAAACGCCACUUGAGUGGCAGUCAGAGUCCGGAACCAUUGGCAAUGAACGGAUCCCGAGAGCGUCUGUACCGGUCGGUCGAGUGUCUGGACGCCAAUCACGUGGAGACCAAUGGCCUGAUGUCCGGCAAUAGUUGUGUGGGUCUUAAGCGGGCCAUAGAUAUGGCGCUUCCAUCGGAGACAGAGAUCUUAAUUCAUAAGCGAAUUCUCGACAAACUGUUUGGCAAAUCGACGCCCAAUUUGUCACAACAAGACGCCAAAAGUCUUACCGUUUUACUCAUGAGUAGAGACGAAGAUCUGAUGAUCAAAACAUUGUCAGUGAUCGCCAAUUGUUGCGCGUUUUCAGUCAAUAUUGACACGAUAUGUGAUUCCGGAUGUAUUCUCUUGUUAUAUGAGCUACUGUUCCACAAGGAUAGGGCCGUACAGACUGCGGCCACCAAUGCCAUCGCCAAUAUAGCUAAUGGCGAAAGGGCUCAGGAGUUGCUUAAAGAAUGCAUUCCAGUGUUAGUGAAUUGGGUGAAGACUUCCGACAACGACCUGCUGACCAAUUGGACGCUCAGAGCGUUGGCUAAUCUGGCGCUCCGGGACAGCAACCAAAUCCUUAUGACCGCAGCUAUAGAUAAACUGAUGGCUCUCCUGAUGCACCCGAACCCUGCCAUUAGACUGCAGUCCAUCAAACUGUUGGUCAAUCUCUCCACUAACUCACAACUUGUGCCCUAUUUGUUGGCCGCAAAGGUAUGACUAUUACAUGGACUAUGUUUCCGGAGAAGUCA